UUUUCGCCAUCAUAUGUCUCUCUGUGGCUGCGGCGAGUGGUUAGAGCGCAAAAUCACGAUUCGGUAGAAUAGCCUAUAUUCGAAUACAAAUCAAACGGCGUAAAGCGGCCCGUAAGCCUACAUAGGCUAAUGGACUACAUUCGCUUACACCACUAGACGUUUUACCAGGGCCUCUGUUUUGGCGGCGCACAAAGCAAUGUGGAGCAAAUAAAGAUCGUGGUGACACUGAGACUCGAGAAUUUAGAGAAUGGGCUGUGUGCAAUGCAAGGACAAAGAAGCAACUAAACUAACGGACGAGCGCGACACCAGCAUCUCGCAGAGUGCCGGCUACCGCUAUGGAGCCGACCCCACACCGCAGCACUACCCCACCGGCUUCGGCGUCACCGCCAUCCCCAACUACAACCGCUUACGCGCCGGGUUGCUUGGGGAGCAUGACCGCUCGAGGGUAAGAGUGCACGUCAGCAAGCAGGCGGCGGCCGCCCAGGGGCCCCUGCUGUGUCCAUGUGAGCGCCCAGUGCGGCGCUGGAGAGGAGGUGAGGAUCACAGCAGCAGGGCCCGGUCAGAUGACUGUGUGCUUGUGCGCUCUGGCGGUCGGGGCUGUCGAGUGUCACUCUGUUCGUGGCUGUAUGACUAUGAGGCGCGCACUGAGGAUGACCUGAGCUUCAGGAAAGGAGAGAAGUUUCAGAUCAUCAACAGCACGGAAGGGGACUGGUGGGACGCGCGCUCUCUCACUACGGGCGGAACCGGCUACAUUCCUAGUAAUUACGUGGCCCCCGUGGACUCCAUCCAAGCCGAAGACUGGUACUUUGGCAAGCUGGGCCGGAAGGACGCCGAGAGGCAGCUGCUGUCCACAGGCAACCCCCGAGGCACCUAUCUCAUCCGCGAGAGUGAAACCACCAAAGGGGCCUUCUCUCUGUCCAUACGGGACUGGGACGACGUCAAAGGCGACCACGUGAAGCAUUACAAGAUCCGCAAACUGGACAGCGGCGGCUACUACAUCACCACCCGAGCGCAGUUUGAGACGCUGCAGCAGCUGGUGCAGCACUACUCAGAGCGGGCAGCAGGGCUGUGCUGUCGCUUGGUGGUGCCCUGCCACAAAGGAAUGCCCCGUCUGACCGACCUGUCCGUCAAAACCAAAGAUGUGUGGGAGAUCCCGCGGGAGUCGCUGCAGCUCAUCAAGCGUCUGGGGAAUGGGCAGUUUGGGGAGGUCUGGAUGGGCACGUGGAACGGCACCACUAAGGUGGCGGUGAAGACCCUGAAGCCGGGCACCAUGUCCCCCGAGUCCUUCCUGGAGGAGGCCCAGAUCAUGAAGAAGCUGCGGCACGACAAGCUGGUGCAGCUGUACGCUGUGGUGUCCGAGGAGCCCAUCUACAUCGUCACCGAGUACAUGGGCAAAGGAAGCCUGCUGGAUUUCUUGAAGGACGGAGAAGGACGAGGGCUGAAGCUGCCAAACCUGGUGGACAUGGCUGCUCAGGUGGCCGGGGGGAUGGCCUACAUCGAGAGGAUGAACUACAUCCACAGAGACCUGCGCUCGGCCAACAUCCUGGUCGGGGACAACCUGGUGUGCAAGAUCGCCGACUUCGGCCUAGCCCGGCUGAUCGAGGACAACGAGUACACGGCAAGGCAAGGUGCCAAGUUCCCCAUCAAGUGGACAGCCCCAGAGGCUGCUCUGUACGGCAAGUUCACCAUCAAGUCAGACGUCUGGUCAUUCGGCAUCCUGCUCACCGAGCUGGUGACCAAGGGACGAGUGCCCUACCCAGGCAUGAACAACCGUGAGGUGCUAGAGCAGGUGGAGCGUGGCUACAGGAUGCCGUGUCCCCAGGACUGCCCCAGCUCCCUGCACGAGCUCAUGGUCCAGUGCUGGAAGAAGGACCCCGAGGAGCGGCCAACCUUCGAGUACCUGCAGGCCUUCCUGGAGGACUACUUCACCGCCACCGAGCCCCAGUACCAGCCCGGAGACAACCUUUAAGCCCC